CUACAAAACGUAUAUAACAGGGAAGAGAAUAAAGUACAUUUAAUAAAAGUCGUUACUUCAUAUACAGUGUAACAUCAGUGAAGUUGUAAAGUAAAAAAUACAUUAAAAUGCCUGGGCCAAAUCCAUUUAUCAAGUUCCAGAAAUCAUUCUCUCAGAGUGGCACAUUAUACAAAUACUUCGAUUUGGCUGCUAUUGAUAGCAAAUACAAUCAAUUGCCCUACUCUAUCCGAGUGCUUUUGGAGUCGGCGGUGCGCAAUUGUGAUAACUUUAAUGUCUUGGAGAAAGAUGUGCACAGCAUCUUGAACUGGUCCCCGGCCAUCAAGCAAGGAUCCAAUGAUGUGGAAGUGUCAUUUAAGCCAGCCAGAGUAAUUCUGCAUGAUUACACUGGUGUCCCUGCCAUGGUGGACAUUGCUGCCAUGCGCGACGCUGUCUUGAAACUGGGUGGUAAUCCCGAGAAAGUAAAUCCCAUCUGUCCAUCCGUUAUGGUCAUAGAUCACUCUGUGCCAGUGGAAUUUCAUCGCUCUGCAGAUGCCAUGAAGAAGAACUUAGUUGUGGAAUUCCAAAGAAACAAGGAGCGUUACACCUUCACAAAGUGGGCUUCCAAAGCUUUUAAUAACAUGUUUUGUGUCCCCCCUGGCUCUGGUAUUAUCCAUCAAAUUAAUUUGGAGUACCUUGCCCAUGUUGUUGUUGAAGAGGAUAACAAGGAUGGUUCCAAGACCCUGUUUCCGGACAGUGUUGUGGGCACUGAUUCCCACACCACGAUGAUCAACGGACUGGGAAUUGUUGGUUGGGGAGUAGGAGGAAUUGAAGCAGAAGCCACAAUGCUGGGGCAAUCCAUUCCCAUGUUGUUGCCCGAAGUCAUCGGCUAUAAAUUGGAGGGAAAACUCAAUCCACUUUGUACCUCCACCGAUUUGGUAUUGACCAUUACCAAAGACCUUCGUCAACUGGGAGUUGUGGGCAAGUUUGUGGAAUUCUUUGGCCCUGGAGUGUCGGAGCUCAGUCUUGCCGAUAGGGCAACCAUCAGUAACAUGUGUCCCGAAUAUGGAGCAACUGUAGGAUACUUCCCUGUGGACGAGAACACUUUAAGUUACCUGAAGCUAUCUAACCGCUCCGAUAAGAAGAUAUCGAUCAUUCGGGAGUAUUUGAAGGCUACUCGACAGUUACGCAAUUUCGAUAAUCAGUCGGAAGAUCCGAAGUUCACGCAGGUUGUCUCAUUGGACCUUGCCACUGUGGUUUCUUCAGUUUCUGGACCCAAGCGACCACACGAUCGCGUUUCCGUUUCAGAAAUGGCAGAGGAUUUCAAGUCUUGUCUGAUCAGUCCAAUUGGAUUCAAGGGCUUUGCUAUUACCCCGAAGGCACUAACUGAUGUUGGAGAACUGCAAUGGGAAGAUGGCAAGACCUACAAUCUGCAUCACGGAUCUGUAGUCCUUGCAGCUAUUACAUCCUGUACAAAUACUUCCAAUCCCUCUGUAAUGUUGGGUGCUGGUCUCUUGGCCAAAAGGGCCGUUGAAAAGGGACUCGAUGUGUUGCCCUAUAUCAAGACGUCUUUGUCGCCUGGAUCUGGAGUGGUUACCUAUUAUCUGCAGGAAUCUGGUGUCAUUCCCUAUCUGGAGAAAUUGGGAUUCAACAUUGUGGGCUAUGGCUGCAUGACUUGCAUCGGCAAUUCUGGACCUCUGCACGAGAAAGUGGUGAAUGCUAUCGAGGAUAAUAAUCUGGUCUGCGCUGGAGUUUUAUCUGGAAACCGGAACUUCGAGGGUCGUAUCCAUCCAAACACCAGAGCAAACUAUUUGGCCAGUCCUCUGUUGGUCAUUGCUUACGCUAUUGCCGGGCGUGUGGACAUUGAUUUCGAGAAGGAACCUCUUGGCGUGGAUGCCAAUGGGAAGAAUGUGUUCUUGCGCGACAUUUGGCCAACCCGAUCAGAGAUCCAGGAAGCUGAGAACAAAUAUAUCAUUCCUGCCAUGUACAGGGACACCUACAGCAAGAUUGAAGAGGGUACUGAGGAAUGGCAGUCGUUGGAGAUUCCGGAUGGUAAACUCUUCUCCUGGGACCCUGAGUCCACCUAUAUCAAGUGUCCUCCCUUUUUCGAUGGCAUGACCCGCGAAAUUCCCAAACUGAAAAACAUAGAAAACGCUCGCUGUCUUUUGUUGCUGGGUGAUUUCACUACUACGGACCACAUAUCUCCUGCUGGAGCGAUAGCAAGGAACUCACCGGCUGCCCGUUACCUCGCUGAGCGCAAUGUUAAGCCUAGUGAUUUCAAUACAUACGGCACACGUCGUGGCCAUGAUGGAGUUUUGUCCAGAGGGGCAUUUGGAAAUAUUCGUUUGGUCAAUAAGCUUAUCUCCAAGGUUGGACCGCGUACUCUGCACAUUCCUAGCCAGGAGGUGCUGGACGUGUACGAUGCUGCCCAGAAGUAUCGCGAGGAAGGUACUCCAUUGGUUUUGGUGGCUGGCAAGGAUUACGGCAGUGGCAGCUCCCGCGAUUGGGCCGCCAAGGGUCCUUACAUGCUGGGCAUUAAAGUUAUUAUUGCGGAGUCUUAUGAGCGCAUCCAUCGUUCCAACUUGGUAGGAAUGGGCAUUAUUCCCCUGCAGUUCCUUCCCGGUCAAAAUGCAGAGACUUUGAAACUUAAUGGUCUCGAGGUAUACAAUAUUAUUCUCCCAGAAAGUGGAUUGAAACCGGGCCAGAAAAUCCAAGUCAAGGCUAAUGAAACUGUAUUUGAAACUAUUCUGCGAUUCGAUACCGAUGUGGACAUUGCCUAUUACAGGAACGGUGGUAUCCUUCACUACAUGGUUCGAAAGAUGUUGUCUUAACUUUUGUGUUAUAUUUUCUAUACCAUUGUAAAUAGUAAACAGAUUAAAUAAUUACUUUAUAUAAGUCUCUGUUAAUAAAAAUGAAUGGAAAAGAAA